GAGGCGCGGGCCGGGGCCCGCGGCGGGGCCGGGGCUGGUCCGGGAGGGUGGCGGGGAGGGACGCGCGGGGAAGAUGGCGACGGCGGGAGCGAACGGGCCCGGCUCGGCCACGGCCGCAGCUUCCAAUCCGCGCAAGUUUAGUGAGAAGAUCGCGCUGCAGAAGCAGCGUCAGGCCGAAGAGACGGCGGCCUUCGAGGAGGUGAUGAUGGACAUCGGCUCCACCCGGUUACAGGCCCAAAAAUUGCGACUGGCGUACACGAGGAGCUCCCAUUACGGCGGGUCUCUGCCCAACGUUAACCAGAUAGGCUGCGGCCUGGCCGAGUUCCAGAGCCCCCUCCACUCGCCUCUGGAUUCGUCUCGGAGCACUCGGCACCACGGGCUGGUGGAGCGGGUGCAGCGAGACCCCCGAAGGAUGGUGUCCCCGCUCCGCCGCCACCCCCGCCACGUCGACAGCUCUCCCUAUAGUCCAGCCUACUUGUCUCCUCCCCCGGAGUCCGGCUGGCGGAGGACGAUGCCCUGGGGCAAUUUCCCUGCAGAGAAGGGGCAGCUGUUUCGACUACCAUCUGCUCUGAACAGGACAAGUUCUGACUCUGCCCUUCACACCAGCGUGAUGAACCCAAGCCCUCAGGACACUUAUCCGGGUCCUGCCCCUCCCAGCAUCCUGCCCGGUCGCCGCGGAGGUUUUCUGGAUGGUGAGGUGGAUUCCAAAGUCCAUGGUGCCGAGGAGAACUUGCUGGACGACAAGCACUUGCUGAAGCCCUGGGACGCGAAGAAGCUGGCCUCCUCCUCCUCCCGGCCUCGGUCCUGCGAAGUCCCUGGAAUUAACAUCUUUCCGUCUCCUGACCAGCCUGCCAGCGUGCCUGUCCUCCCGCCCGCCAUGAACACGGGAGGCUCCCUGCCUGACCUCACCAACCUGCACUUCCCCCCACCACUCCCUACCCCCCUGGACCCUGAGGAGACCGCCUACCCCCACCUGAGCGGGGGAAGCAGCACUUCCAAUUUGACCCACACGAUGACCCACCUGGGCAUCAGCGGGGGCCUGGGCCUGGGCCCGGGCUCGGGCUAUGAUGCGCCAGGACUUCCUUCCCCUCUCAGCCACCCACCCUUGCAGGCCUCCCUGAGCAAUCCCAACCUGCAGGCCUCCCUGAGCAAUCCCAACCUGCAGGCCUCCCUGAGCAGUCCCCAGCCCCAGCUCCAGGGCUCCCACAGCCACCCCUCACUGCCUGCCUCUUCCCUGGCCCGACACACACUGCCCACCGCCUCCUUGGGCCACCCCUCACUCAGCGCCCCGGCCCUCUCCUCUGCAUCCUCCUCCUCUGCCUCGCCUCCUGCCCUGGGUGCCCCCCCUUACCCAGCUUCUACCCCCGGGACCUCCCCCCGCCAUCGCCGUGUGCCCCUCAGCCCCCUGAGUUUGCCCGCGGGCCCAGCUGACGCCAGGAGGUCCCAACCGCAGCUGCCCAAACAGUUUUCGCCAACAGUGUCACCCACCUUGUCCUCCAUCACUCAGGGUGUCCCCCUGGAUACCAGCAGACUGCCCACUGACCAGCGGCUGCCUCCAUACCCGUACAGCCCCCCGAGUCUGGUUCUGCCCGCCCAGCCGCCCACCCCAAAGCCUCUGCCGCAGCCAGGGCUAUCCUCUCAGGCCUGCCCGAUGCAGCCCUCAGGCAGGCCACCGCACUGUGGGCUACUGUACCCGCCCAGCUCCGGGGGGCACGGGCAGCAGUCUCACCACCGGCUGAUGAGUGACUUCAGCCUGGGGAACCCAGAGCAGUUCAGCAUGGAGAGCCCAUCGGCCAGCCUGGCGCUGGACCCCCCUGGCUUUUCUGAAGGGCCUGGAUUUUUAGGGGGCGAGGGGCCAGGGAGUGGCCUCCAGGACCCCCAUACCCUCAACCACCAGAACUUGACCCACUGUUCCCGCCAUGGCUCAGGGCCCAACAUCAUUCUUCCAGGAGACUCCUCCCCCGGCUUCUCUAAGGAGAUUGCCGCAGCCCUGGCCGGAGUGCCUGGCUUCGAGGUGGCGGCGGCCGGGCUGGGGCUGGGGCUGGGGCUGGAGGAGGAGCUGCGCAUGGAGCCCCUGGGCCUGGAAGGGCUCCACAUGCUGAGCGACCCCUGUGCCCUGCUGCCCGAUCCUGCCGUGGAGGACUCUUUCCGCAGUGACCGGCUGCAGUGAGGGGCCUCGUCAGCGUCCCUCUUCUUGGCCCUGCCUGUCACUGGUCCUUUCCUUCCUUCCCCCUGGCCAGUAGAGACUCCACUCUGCCCCCUAGAUCCUCUUUCUACCAUGAACGAGGGAUCCCAAGAAUGAGAAAAAAGCAAGGGGUCUUGUCCAGGUGGCCCCUGAACUCGGCACAAGGGGCGGGCCUGGGGGAGCUGGAGGGAGGGCCUAAAGCACUUGUAACUUUGAAUCCUCUGUCUGGAGGUCAGAGCCUGUUGGAAGGCAGGGAUGGAGGGGAGCCCCGGAGGCGGGGCUUGCCCUGCGCCUGGGGGGUGGGCGGUGCCAGCCCCUCCCCACUCUUCCCCUUGCAAUGCAGGAGAGAGCCAGAGUGGAUAUUAUUUUUUAUUAAAUAUAUUAUAUGUUAAUAAAAAAAUCAUAUCAA